ACUUUACACAGACACGUCAAUCGACAAUCCUAAGUUCUGUUCGCGAACGACAGCACAAUGACCAAAGACACGCUCCUCAACCCACCCGGCCUGCAACCCAGCGCCAUCACCGAAUCCUCAAAAACAACCACCACACUCCCAAGCCACCAAGCCCGCCUGGACAGCCGCCACAACCUAAUAACCAACACCUCCGGCCUAGCCCCGGGCUACCUGCAAGCCAACCUCCUCAUCCUCCCCGCCCGGUACAGCCAAGACUUCCACCAACUCUGCCUCCGCAACCCCGUCGCCUGCCCAUUACUAGGAAUUUCCCGCCAACCAGGCAACCCGUACCACAUGCAGCCCUCGGGCUGCAUCACCACCCCAGAAGACUUCGAUAUCCGCACCGACUGCCCCUUAUACCGGGUCUACCAGCACGGCAAACCAAUCGCCACGCACCAGAAGAAUCUACUGCCGUUCUGGCCGGACCCGAGGCACACACCCUCCCCACAGCAUGAAGACACCGAAAGGGCAGAAGAAUACGUAUCCUUCCUAAUCGGCUGCUCCUACUCCUUCGAAUCCGCCCUCACCGCCGCAACCCUCACCCCGCGCCACCAAAUUAAUGGCUGCCUCGUGCCCAUGUACCGCACCACCAUCCCGCUCCUCCCCGCCGGCAUCUUCACGGGCGCGCGCACCGUCGUCUCCAUGCGGCCGUACCCCGCCCACGCCGUGGAGCGGGUCCGCGCCGUCACGCGGCCGUUCCUGGCCACCCACGGCGAGCCGGUCGAUUGGGGGUGGGAGGCGCUCGCCCGGUUGGGGAUUGCGGAUUUGCAGGCGCCGGAUUUUGGGGAGCCGGUGCCGGUGGAAGAGGGGGAGGUUCCGGUUUUCUGGGCUUGUGGGGUUACGCCGCAGUUGGCGGUGGAGGCUGCCGGGGACAAGAUUGAGGGGUUGGUGUUUGCGCAUGAGCCGGGCCAUAUGUUGGUUACGGAUUGGAGGGAGGAGGAUCUGGUGCGGUUGGGGCGGGGUCUCGGGGUUUGA